AUGGCUUUCUAUGGCAUUGCAUAUCCUUAUUCUGGUGAAAGCAGACGUGGAGCUAGCCUUGGUGGAAAUCUUAGUGGAGGCUUUAAUGGAGGCCUUGGUGAAGGCUUUGGUGGUGGAUCCAGCACUGGUUUUUCCUUCAGCUCUUCUGCUGCCUUCGGAGGAGCACAAUCCAGCAGCUUUGGCGGAUUUGCUGGAAGUGAUAAAGAGACCAUGCAAAACCUCAAUGACCGCCUGGCUGCCUACCUAGAAAAAGUCAGGGCCCUGGAAGCUGCCAACACAGAGCUGGAGAUCAAGAUCCGUGAGUGGCAUGAGAAGCAAGCUGGCAUUGGAGCUGGCACUACAGACAUUGAUUACAGCAGAUACUUUGAUACAAUUGAUGACUUAAGGAACAAGAUCCAGGCUACCAAAUUAAAAAACUCUCGUGUUGAACUGCAAAUUGAUAAUGCCAGAAUGGCUAUUGAUGACUUCAGGCAAAAAAAGGAGAUUGAGCGCUCUAUCUUCCAGAAUGUAGAAGCUGAUGUUAAUACCCUCUACAAAGUCCAGGAUGAGCUGGCACUGUCCAGAAGUGGUCUUGAACUCCAGGUGGACAGUCUUUCUGAAGAGCUGGCCUACCUCAAGAAGAACCAUGAAGAGGAAAUGCAUGCUGCAAGAAUCAAUUCCGCAGGCCAAGUUGAUGUCCAAAUGAAGGCUGCUCCAGGAAUAGAUCUCACUAAUGUCCUAAAUGAUAUGAGGUCCAACUAUGAAGCUCUGGCUGAGAAGAACCGAGCUGAUGCUGAGGCUUGGUUUGCAAAGAAGAGCAGUGAACUGAAGACAGAAAUUUCAACUGGUAUGGAACAAGCGAAUUCAAGCAAGACUGAAAUCUCUGAUCUCAGACGAACCCUCCAAAGCUUUGAGCUUGAGCUGCAGUCCCUGAUGGCAUUGAAAAAAACCUUUGAGGACACACUUGUGGAAGCAGAAGCUGAUUAUGGAGGACAGCUUCAUCAACUCCAGCUCAUCAUAACCGGGCUUGAGGAACAGCUCUUACAGAUCAGAUCAGAUACAGAACGCCAGAGCCUAGACUAUAAAGAACUUUUCAACAUCAAGACAAGACUGGAGAUGGAGAUUGAGACAUACCGCAGCCUGCUGGAAGGAGAACUAGGGAGUUGCGGGGGGGGGGGGGGACGACAUUCUUCCUACACACAGAACAAGCCUUCCAAUAAAUCAGCCAUGGCCUUCUAUAGCCCUAACCCUGGAACUUCUCAGGAUUCAUAUUUCAGAAGUAAUAUUGCAGGUGGUUUUGCUGGUGCCAGUGGCUAUGGAGCUAGCACUGGUGGAAGUUUUAAAGGAGGCUUUGGUGGUGGAUUCAGCAGUGGCUUUGGCAUCAGCUCUUCUGCUGGAUUUGGAGGGGCAGAAUCCAGCAACUUUGGUGUCCUUUCUGGAAGUGGGAAGGAGACCAUGCAAAAUCUAAAUGACCGUCUGGCUGCCUACCUAGAAAAUGUCAAGGCCCUGGAAGAAGCCAACAAUGAACUGGAGAUUAAGAUCCGUGCGUGGUAUGACAAGCAAGUUGUUGCUGGAGCUGGCACUGCAGCCAAAGAUUACAGCAAAUACUAUGAUACCAUCAAUGGCUUGAGGAGCAAGGUACAUUAUGGAUAA